GGCACUGGUGGGUGGCACUGGUGGGCACAGGUGGGCGGCACAGGUGGGCACUGGUGGGUGCAUUGCUGGGCACAGGUGGGCGCACUGUUGGGCACAGGUGGGUGCAUUGCUGGGCACAGGUGGGUGCACUGCUGGGCACAGGUGGGCGCAUUAAUGGGCACAAGUGGGCGGAACUUGUGUGUGGCACAGGUGGGCACCGAUCAUCAGGGCACUGAUGAUCAGUGACCCUGAUGAUCGGUGCCGAUCCCUGUUCUGACAACUGCCGGUUUUCGGCAGUACUUUCCUCACGAUCUGAACAGCGUGAGGAAAGUGCAGCCGAGAACCGGCAUUUGCAU